AACGUCCCCCUGGUCCUCAUUGUGCAGCCGAGGAAACAUCGCAAGGUUUAGACGACGUUGGAAUGAAAUGGCAGAAACUGCUUGUGUCACGGAAGCACACAGAUUAGGUUACGUAGAAGCUACACAUGUAUUUUGCAAAGACCCUGGCCUGCUAGUGUGAGGGAAGCGGGAGCGUAUCCGGAGGACAAAGGAAUUAAAGAGCUGUUUUCUCCCCCCAAAAAAGCGUCCGGGUUGUGUCUCCAGCAGACAGCAAACGGCGACUGCGGGUCGACACUUGUUUUAACCGGAGAGGGGUCUUGAGAGGACAGCCCCAUUGAAUGCCCAAUCAUAGCGUUUGUCCAAGGCUUCACCAUGAACCGGAACAAGCGUGAAAAGGAGUACUACAGUAUAGAUGUGGGCGAUUCAACUUUUAUGGUUUUAAAGCGCUACCAGAACCUCAGACCCAUUGGAUCGGGAGCACAGGGAAUCGUCUGUUCAGCGUAUGACCACAACUUGGAGAGGAACGUUGCCAUCAAGAAGCUGAGCCGGCCGUUUCAGAAUCAAACUCACGCCAAACGGGCCUACAGGGAGUUGGUGCUCAUGAAAUGCGUCAACCACAAGAACAUAAUCGGCCUAUUAAAUGUAUUCACACCACAGAAGACACUGGAAGAAUUCCAAGAUGUGUAUAUAGUGAUGGAGCUGAUGGAUGCCAACCUCUGCCAGGUGAUCCAGAUGGAGCUGGAUCACGAGAGGCUGUCCUACCUGCUCUACCAGAUGCUGUGCGGCAUCAAACACCUGCACUCUGCCGGCAUCAUACACAGGGACCUUAAGCCCAGCAACAUCGUGGUGAAGUCCGACUGCACACUGAAGAUCCUGGACUUCGGCCUGGCCAGGACAGCCGCCACUGGACUCCUCAUGACGCCCUACGUGGUCACCCGCUACUACCGCGCCCCUGAGGUCAUCCUGGGCAUGGGUUACCAGGCCAACGUGGAUAUUUGGGCUGUGGGCUGCAUUAUGGCAGAAAUGGUUCGCCACAAAAUCCUUUUUCCAGGAAGGGAUUAUAUCGACCAGUGGAACAAGGUGAUCGAGCAGCUGGGGACCCCGUCUCAGGAGUUCCUGAUGAAGCUCAACCAGUCGGUGAGGACCUACGUGGAGAACAGGCCACGGUAUGCUGGCUACAGCUUCGAGAAGCUCUUCCCUGACGUCCUGUUCCCUGCAGACUCUGAACACAACAAACUGAAAGCGAGCCAAGCCCGAGACCUACUAUCCAAGAUGCUGGUAAUAGACGCGUCAAAGCGGAUCUCGGUGGACGAGGCUCUCCAGCACGCUUAUAUCAACGUGUGGUACGACCCAACUGAAGUGGAGGCACCGCCACCCGCCAUCACAGACAAGCAGCUGGAUGAGAGAGAGCACACAGUCGAGGAGUGGAAAGAGUUGAUAUACAAAGAAGUGUUGGACUGGGAAGAAAGAACAAAGAAUGGCGUCAUCAGGGGACAGCAAGCGUCCAUAGCACAGGUGCAACAGUGAGCGGCAGCACCACCAGCACCGCACCUCCACGCCCUCCUCCGCCAACGAUGUCCCCUCCAUGUCCCCCGACCCGACCCUGACUGAACCAGACAGCAGCCUGCAUGAGGCCAGCACGUGCGCUUCUCUUGCAGCCACCGCCCCCCUGGGCUGCUGCAGAUGUCUAUCAUCUACACCCCCUCCUGGUCCUGGGAUGGGUUUCUUCCCCUGGUCUCACAUCCAAGACCACUUGCCCGACACUGGCUCCUGGCCCGGCCCCCUGCAUCUGCCCCUCCC